ACCCACAAAGAAGAAUCUGUCAGAGAAGAUGGCUACAAGACGAAGCUAAUUGUUUAGCCGAUGUAAAUCUAUCUACCACCAACAGGCUGGAGACUGCGGUGACAAAAUUAUCAGAUAACUCGUUGAGACGAAUAAGACCCUGUCACUGAGGAACGAUGAGCCAGAGACGUGGUAUCCAUGUGGACCAAUCUGAGCUGCUCUGCAAAAAAGGAUGUGGGUUUUAUGGCAACACAGCCUGGCAGGGCCUCUGCUCAAAGUGUUGGCGAGAGGAAAAUCAGCGAGAAAAGCAAAGGCAAAUUCAAGAGGACUGGGCUCUUGCUGAAAGGCUGCAGAGAGAGGAAGAGGAAGCAUAUGCAAGCAGGCAUCAGAGGGCACAAUCACAACCUGCAAUCACUCCCUUCAACAAGUUUGAAGAAAGGAAGACGAAGGAGAAGUCCAGCAAAGUCAACACAGUCACAAAGUUUUUCACUCCAUCAACAAAAACACCACCCAAAAAGGAUGCCGGUGCUGCUGACGCUCAGUCGACUCCGAGCUCCAGCUCCUCAGCCAGUCGCCAGUCCAUUCCAGACAGUGACCGUGCAACGCAGGAGUUUAUAGAUUUUCUGAAGGCGGUGAAGUCUGGCAAGGAAAUCUUCAAACAGUGUCGGGCUUUUACUGAGGGCAUGGUGUACAAGCGGGACAUGGGAGCCGACGAGCUGUCGGAGUGUGUGCAAGACUUCUACCAGAACCUCUCAGACCGGCUUCAGAACCAGUUCAAAGGUUCGACAGAGCAUGUGGAGAGAGUGAUGGAUGAAGUAGAGAAGUACAUGAUGACCCGACUUUACACCGAGGUUUUCUGCCCGGAAACCACAGACGACGAGAAGAAAGACUUGGCUGUUCAGAAGAGAAUCAGAGAUUUGCACUGGGUCACCUUAGAAAUGCUGUGCGUGCCGGUGGAUGAAGAGAUCCCGGAGGUCUCAGACAGUGUAGUCAAAGCUAUUACAGAUAUAAUUGAGAUGGACUCAAAGCAGGUACCCAAAGACAAGCUGGCGUGCAUCACCCGAUGCAGCAAGCACAUCUUCAACGCCAUCAAAGUGAGCAAGAAGGAGGCCGCGUCGGCCGACGACUUCCUCCCGACUCUCAUCUACAUCGUGCUGAAGGCAAACCCUCCGCGGCUGCAGUCCAACAUCCAGUACAUCACCCGCUUCUGCAACCCCAGCCGACUCAUGACCGGAGAGGACGGAUACUACUUCACUAAUCUGUGCUGCGCAGUGGCCUUCAUAGAGAAACUGGAUGGUCAGUCUCUGAAUAUGAGCUCUGAGGAGUUUGAGCUCUACAUGUCGGGCCAGACGUCUCCGAACUGGCCGCGGCCCACCGCCGCCGACUCAUCCGCAGGCGGCGCAGCCCAUACCCAGGUCCACAGCAGCCUGGACCUGCUAACCGGGCUCGGGGAGAGGCAGGAGCGGGUCGUGGAAAAGGCUCGGCAGCUGGAGAGCGACCUGAUAGACUGGACGGAUGAAGUGGAGCAGAAAGUUCAGAGCGCGCUGGAGAGCUUUCCGCUCGACACCCAAAGCACCACGACGAACGCGGCCGGAGGGACGACGACGACAGCGGCGGCCGCAGCGUUGUCCGCUAUCGACUCUGAAAAUGUAGAGAACGAGCUGCUGCCCCCGCCGCUGCAGCCUCAAGUGUUUGCUGGUUGAUAGGAAAACAUCUGCUCUGCAGAAAAAUCUCCUGGAGGUUCUACUCCAUCUUCCCGUGUGUUCUCUUUAUAGUCCGUAAGCACAUGUAGCGUCUGUUGGAUCUGGAGUGUUCAUCCAUCCGUCUGUUCCCUUAGAUGCUAGAAAACAUGCUGAAUAGUUACCCAACUGUUAGAUUUGAACUGAGUGAAAAAACAGGCUUCGCUGUAAAGGCACAACAAAAUUCACUGCAAAAGAAAACAAAAAUAAGAUCUUACCAAGUAUUUUUAGUCUGGUUUCCAGUGCAAGUAUCUUAGUACACUUGAAAUAAGUUGAAACUAACUUAUAUGGGACUUUUUUUAGCAAGAUAUAUGGCAGAUUAUUUCACCUAUAACAUGGGAAAAAUGUCUGGUUGUAAGUGAAAUUAUCUGCCAGUGGAACUGGAGCUUUUUCGUCAAUUUUAAGGAAUUGUUUACUUGAAAUAAGCUCUCAAAUAUUCCUGACCAAAAAUAUUUGGUAAGACUUUGUGUUUUUGUAUUGUUCUUGUUUACCUCACCACAAAACAACAAAUAAGUGUCAAAAUUUAACCGGAGCAGUGGAGCGCAUCAGGGCAGAACUGAUGUGGCUCCUUUCACUGCAAAGGAGGAAAACACUCCGCUAUAAGCGCUUCCAAAAGACUUCUCCUCAUCCACUACCUGCAGUACCUCAGUACUUUUUAUAGCUGUUACAUUUGUACAGUAGCGAUAAAUGGCGUGUUUGAGUCCUAAACCUUCAGCCGCGAUGCAAGAUGUCCUGACAAAAAAAUUAACCAAACAAUAGGAUAGUAUAGAAACCAGAUAGUUCAGUUUAGAAACCAAAAAAAAAUCUGAGUUAUCAAACUCCUCUGUUACUAAUGUUGCUCAUGCCUGUGUUUCAUGCUGAAGUUAGCUUCUAUUUCCCAGAAAUAAUCAGAGAGAGAGAGAGAGAGAGCGUGUGUGAGUGUGUGUGUGUGUGUGCACAAUGACUGUGCAUGUGAAUAAGCGUGCAUGUGUGCUGCAUGUUGUUCCCGACAAUUUGAAGAAGAAGAAGAAGAAAUCGGCACCAGUACGUCCAAAUACUGUGUAGUCUGGGUUUUAUGAUCAUCAUCAUCAUCAGCUGGAUGUUCUGAUUUUAUUUUUCUAUAGAGUGUCAGAAUAUAUCGAUAUUUCUUUGAUUGGUUUAAACUUGUAAUAUUUACGGUGGUGAAUGAGCAUCACUGUAAAUAUUCGGCCACGUUGGACCGACGUCUCCACUAAAAAAAGUAAGUCUUAAAUUAACCAGUUUAUUUAUUUAUUACCAUUUGCUCCGGCAAAUAUUUUUAGACCAAAACAAAAGAAAUACCUUGUUUUCCUGCGAAAAACAGGACAUAGCAAUCACCCCUGAAGCUUUAGUUGCUUCAUUGUAGUUAUUAUUAUUAUUAUUUUUUUUAGUUUGAUUUCGAAGCUUCUCAUGCAGCGUCAAAUUUCAGCUUUUAUCAGCCGAUACCAUGUCGGACAAAUAGGAAAAGAAUUUCCAUUUCUCUGUAUUCUGGCAGACUUACAAUGAAAAAAAUGCAAUAGGUACACAUUUUACACUUGUGCUUUGUUUUUGUUUUAUUGUAUCGCAAUGACAUUUGCGUCCGAAGAGCCGUGUGCACCUGCCGUUUGAACGCCGGGUCUUGUACUGCACCGCUAUGGCUUGAAAACCUUUUUAAUUUUGCACUGAAAGCUGAAGUUAUUGAACAAGUGUUUUAACCCAUUUGUUUGAUUAUAGGUUUGUCAUAGUUUCAGGUUGGAGAGAUUAACUCGAAACUGCCUUUAAUUUAAGACAUAAUUUAUUGGGAGUGUUUUGAUCUACCUACGUCUACUGGAGUGGAUCGAUGGUGGCUAAUAAAAUCGAAACUCGGUA